AUGGCUGGGAAACCAUCUCCCCUCCUUAACCUUCCCGCCGAGCUACGAAUCGAGAUCUAUCGUCUGCUCCUCGAGAGUCCCGGAGAGUUGCCCGUCGAUUACGCCGACAAGUACUUCUCUGGGCGAAAAUACAUCGACCUAGACCGCCCAAAACUUGCCGCCCUGAGAACUAACGAAUGGCUCAAGCGAGCAAUGAAUCCCACAGGCCUCGGCGAUCAAGUACUCCGUGUAUGCAGGCAGACAUACCACGAAGCUCUCCCAAUUCUCUACGCGAACAACAACUUCUUCUUCCAGCAGGGGAAGGUCUCUGCGACACAAUGGAUCAACAGCAUCGGGCCGGGCAGACACUUUUUGAAGCAUGUUCAUAUCCAGAAUGCUGAUCGGGUUAGACUUCUGGGAUGGAAUGCGCUGCCGCUGAGGCUGCAGCGGACGGGUCUGGAGAGCUUGUCGCUUGGAGCAUGGCUAUGGUGUGAUCUCGGACCGGAAAUUGUGAAUGUCAGGUUUGCAGCGUUGGUGAAGCAGAUGCAUGAGAAGGCCGUCAAGAAGAGGAAUUGCACUGGCAGUGGGCCAAGUAGGAGUGAUGUGCUCAUGUUUACUAGUGAUGAGCAUUUUGAUCGCAUGGGGCAUGUGGAUCGCUCUUGCAUCACGAUCAUCUCUUUGUGCAACUCUACGAGGCCUCGAUCACUUCGACGUUACCCAACAACCAUGCGGCUUGCGUGGAUCAGGCACUCGAUCUGGUCCCUCUCUAAUCUGCAGCUACUUCUCGACUAG